CUGCAAAAAGAAGUGAACUUUUGAAGAAACAUAAAAGCUUUUACAUUAUCAUGGGCAGGGAACUGAAACAUCCUUCUCCACGCAUCCUAUACAAAUGAACUUUUCCUAGGGUUUCCAUUCCCUUCCCAGCAGCAGCACAUUUGGUUUGGAAAAUGUCCCUAAUAACUCUCUGGCUGCUUGUCAAAGUAUUCAACUUUAAUUAUCACCAAAAUAACAAAGUAAAUUAUUUUUAAAUUAUAAAAAUACAACUCAUAAAGAUGGUCCUUCCGAUUAUCAUAGAAGAAAAGGAAUGCCAUUAUAACGGAGAGAGAGAGAGAGUGUGUGUGAAUAGUGAUUCUUUGAGCAACAAUGGAAUCCAAGGGGCUUUCACGCAAUAACAGAGAAAACAAGGCUAAGCCGAAGCGCAAAGAGAUAAUUGAGAAGAGGAAGGCUAUGGAUGCACUGAUAAAAGUAGCUUCUGCCGAAAAGGACUAUCUUUCUGCUUUCCCUGCCUUUCGCCAUUACCAAAUAAGCGGCCUAUCUGCGUUCUUGGAAUCAGGAAGGGGGGACAAGCUCUCCUCUCCUGUUAAGCAAUUCAUUCAAAAUCUCCUCAAGGCCAAUAUGGAGGGGCCGUAUGGAUCUGAGUGGCCUGCGGAAGAGAAGGUGAAGCGCAGGGAGAUGGUUGCACCAGAAGCACAUUAUGUAUUUGUACGUAACACUUCAAAUGCAAGUUCAGGUGAAUUCUUAACAACGUCUGAAUGUGAAAAGACCUCAGCUAGUUGUGUAGAAGAGAGGGGCCCCAUAGUUGGGUUUGUACAUUUUCGCUUUGUCAUAGAGGAAGAAUUGCCUGUUCUUUAUGUGUAUGAAUUGCAGCUCGAGCCUCACGUACAAGGGAAAGGUCUGGGGAAGUUCCUAAUGCAACUAAUUGAGCUAAUUGCUUGCAAGAACCACAUGGGUGCUGUCGUUCUAACUGUUCAAAAAGCAAACUCCGCAGCUAUGAAUUUCUAUUUAUGUAAGAUGAGAUAUGUUACAUCGACUAUAUCACCAUCAAGAGUUGAUCCAUUGAUAGGAAUUGAGAAGAGUUAUGAAAUUCUUUGCAAAACAUUUAGUAAUGAGGCUAAAGCUAUCUUGGAGGAACCACUUGAGCUGGUUCACUCGGUUUAACAAGAUGGUAAACUGGGCGCUCUUCAGUAAUUAUGUGCUGUCAUAAAAAGGCAGAGCUAUUGAGGUACUGGAUGAUAUAGUUACAGGAGAAUGCAUUACUUACAAUGUUUUAGCUGCAGCACUACGUGCAGUAUUAUUACUCUUGAACUCACAGAAUCACUAGCAUACAUUUUUUUUUGGC